GUACCUAUCAUAACUUAAAGUGGAUGAGAUGCGACUUCAACACAGAAAUAAAAUGUGAUUACAUUCACAAUAAUCUAGCCGAGUGCUUCAAUAGCUGGAUCAAAGGAACAAAAGAGCUGCCCAUGGAUGAGCUAGCCGAUGCAAUAAGAGAGAAAAUUAUGAUACUUGUUUAUAGGAGAAGGAUUGGGGAAAUGCUUCAGGGAGAGAUAUUGCCUGCCAUCAUUCAACAAAUAAAUAAUAGAACUAGGCAACUUGACCAUUUGGGUGUUGGAAGAUCAACGGGAGAAAGUUGUGAGGUGAAGGACACUCGCAAAAAUAAUCUUAGGCAUGUUGUGAAGAUAGGCAGCCGUGAGUGCACUUGCCUAGAAUGGCAACACACUGGAAAUCCCUGUGAGCAUGCACUUGCAUUCCUUAUAGAGACGGCAGAUGUAAAUUUUCAUCCAUAUGUACAUGAGUACUACUCCGUGAGUAGGUUCCGGGCUGCCUAUGCUGGAGAGAUUGAACCAAUCACAGACAAGUCUCAAUGGCCUCAUGUUAAUAUAGAUUUCGAAAUGGUGCCACCGGUUUUAAAGAGCUCUGUUGGGAGACGGAGGAAGCAGAGAAUCAAAAGUUGCCUUGAAGAAGGUGGUGGUGGUGGCAGCAAACGGAAGAAAAAAGAUGAUAAUGGCAAAACAAAUAGCCAAGAAGGAGGUGAGAAAGAGAAGGAAAAAGAAAAGAAGAGAUUUGGCAGUAAAAAUAGGUGCAAAGAAUGUGGGAUAUUGGGGCACAGGAAAGCAAUUUGCAAACAAAAUGAAGCUAAAAAGAGUGACGUGUCUGCGCAUGAGCUCGCUCCAGUUGUUGUUGCGACACCUACACGCACAACAACAAUAACACUGCCUCCCAGCCUUCAUAACAGCCCUGGGCCUAUCACAAGGAGGAGGCUUGCUAUGGCCAUAGCUGGAGACGAUGCAUCACAGCCAUGUGGGACAACUAUUGAUUCUGUAGCAUCACCUACUUCUCACUUCCCUUCACGCUCUACAACAUGCAAGAAAAAGUUGACCCCAAAGAGGAAGAAGCUCUAAUCUUAGUGCAUUGAAUUGCUAUUUUAAAUUCUGAGAUGUGUUGAAAUUUGUCAAUUUCAGACAAAUUUCAAAGAUAUUUUUUGCUUGAUGUAAACUCGGAUUAAUUUAUCAUUUCAUUUGAACCGAGCAACCUUUUUGUGGCAUCAGUUUGUGAUUUCGGUGUGAUCUAUUCUCUCAAUUCCAUGUCCUAAGUGAACAUAUGUUGUCGGUCUAUUUUGUUUUAUCUAUGAAGCUGUUAUAUGCUGCCAAUUUCCAACAAAGUGCAUAUGCUAGGAUGCACAGCAUAUAUAUAGAUCUCUCACCUGUGACUAAAGGAGAUCCAACAAUAGAUGAAGCAUAUAUUUUCAGUGUGAUACAAUUAAAGUCUGAAGCAUCUGGAGGAGAUAACUGAACGAAGUAUUUUAUACAAUGUACCCAGCUCCAUGAUUGAAGUAGUACCAGCUGCUAGGGUAAUUAGUACUAUCAACACUGUCGUCCAACCAUGGCUAUUACCGGCAACGCAAUGAGCUCAGACACAAAAAAAAUUGUAAAUCCAUGAAUCACUAGAAGAACUUAGUUUUUACCAGCAACGAGCGCACCUUCUGCAGCUCCGAGUUGCAGCGGGAGCCCAGGGUACCCGCCGGUCCGCCGAGCUGCAGCGGGAUUCACCGCGGUGGACCGCCGAGCUGCAACGGGAGCCGCCUCCCAGGGCCGAGGAGCUGCAGCGGGAGCCGCCGCACCGGGCCGACGACCUACAGUGGGAGCUGCCGCGCCGGGCCGCCGAGCUGCCGAGCUGCAGCGGGAGCCGCCUCGCCGGGCCGAGGAGCUGCAGCUGGAGCCACCGUGCACCGGGCCGACGAUCUGCAGCGGGAGCUGCUGCGCGGGGCCGCUGCUGCCAAGAUGGGGGUCAAGGUGCCGUCGUCGGCCUCCUCCAUUAGCUUCCUGUGGUAUGAUUAUUGGGGAAUGAAGAACAGAGGAAAGGCGUUGAACUAGAGAAUAGUGGGGUCCCGAGAAUAGUGAGCUCGUCGAUGGAACUAGGACCAGUCCAAAAGCAAAGAAGAUUAUAGAAGAAUUGUAAAUUAGCCACAGGGGCAAUUGUGUCUUUACGCAUGGGAAAAAGGGAUAGAAAUUCGAAAAUGAUUUCAGUAAUUGAAAAGGGCAAAUCAUCAAAAGAAAAAUGAAAAGUAGGGCAAAUGAUCUAAUCCCAUGUAAACUGGGGCAAAUCAUCUAAUGCCCAAGUAAAGUGGGGCAAAUUGUCCAAUCUCCCGGGUGUAGGGGCUGAACUUAACUAAAGCCACACCUGGAAGCCUCGAAGGCUCACAAACCUGCAACAACCAGGGGACUGUCGGUGGGCGCGGACAGCGAGGCUAAGCAGAAUGAGAGGAGGAGUUGCUGGGAGUGCUGGGGAAUGAGAGAAGAGGGUCAGAGCGAGUGGGAUCAAAUCUAACACAUAGUCAAAGUGACCAAGUGAAGAUGAUUUACCUUGCUCGUCGCCGACACCUGAAUCAACUACCGAGGUGAAAACGAGCGGCUCAUCUUGGAGAGGUGGUCGGCGGGCGUUGAUGCGAGCUCCUGCUCCUGGACGGCGACGGGCGCCAUCAGGCCAUGCAGGUAUGACGCAGCGGCGCGGUGCUCGCCGGCCGGGCGCGGUUGGCUGCUCCCCCUCCUCGCGUCCAAACGCGACUACUGCUCUCCCUCUCCUUGGACAGAUCUAGCAGAUCGACGGAGCCGACGGGGUUCUUUCGGAUGACGCGCGCCAUGGGCGAGAUCGACGACGGCGUCCAAGCCCUUCCUCUAGUAGCCAGCGCGGCAAAGUCGGAGAAUUUGGGAUGGGAGGAGACGGCGGCGUGCGAGAGAGGGGAUGGGAGGAGACGGCGGCG